CCGCAGUCUCCACAGCACAUCGGUCUUGUCUCGGACUGGGCGGGGGAGAGCGAUUCGCUUGUCAGAGUGACGACUUUGGCAAACGGGGGGACCUACGGACUGUUCCAGCGCGGCUGUGGCUGCCAAUCAGUCCGACAGAAUGCGAUACGGGAUUUGUCAACUGGACCCGGGGUGUCUGGGCCGAUCAGAGGGUUCUCGGCCGCCGAGGUGCUAUAUCAAGCCGGCCCAUCUGCGACGGCGUUACACAUUCCACCGAUCGCUUUCCCUUGCCCACCACCGCAUCCCUCAUCAUCCAACACCGCACUGCACCGAUGCUCGCCAAGGCCGGCAUCCUCCGUGCCUUCACGGCGCUCGUCCUCCUCUGGGUGUCUCUGGCUUCGUUUGCCUCGGCCGCUGUCAACAUUCCGCUCGACGACGCUGUUCUUGGCCCAAAGAACAUCCUCGUCGUCACCGCACCAGCUUCCGGACACGCCAACCCGCUGCUCGUUCUUGCCUAUGAACUCGCCAGCCGUGGCCACAACGUCACCUUUGUCACAAGCACCAGCUACUCCGUUCCCGAGUACGGACGAAACUCGACCAUCCACUUCCACCAGUUCGAGGAAACGGUGCCCAUCAUAGCAACACUCAACAAGGCCUCCAAACACAUCUCGGAGCCCUCCUCAUCUGUCUUUUCGAUCCUAUCUCGCUUCCGGGGUUUUCGCAUCGCCAUCGGCGCCCUGAGCUCCUUCGAGUAUGAUGUUGUCCAGGAAGUUAUCAAGAACGUCGACACCCGCUCCACGGACCUCAUCAUUGGCGGUUUUUUCCUUGGUCCCGUUGUGGAUGUCUUGAACGAGGUCCUCGGCAUUCCAGUCGUUGUGCACUACCUGAUGAUCGUCCUCAACUACUACAGCCCUUCGAAUCUGUACCUGGACAGCCUCACCAUCACCCCCUUUGACACAACCGCAACCGCCGAGAUGACUGUGUUUUCCGCUCUCAAGGCCAUCCCGCUCCGCAUCAUACCCAUGCUGGGUCGCUAUAUCCGGUGGUAUGAACGACGCCAGAUCUUCAAGUGGGUCAAGACUACCCUGUCCGAGUACCUUCCCCAGGUCCAGGGACCUCCUCAGCCCAUCGUCGGCCUCGUCAGCAACGAGUGGGGCUUCCAUCCGGCCCAGUUGACAAACCCUAGCAUGCGCAUGGGCGGCAUCUGGCUGAAGGAGUGGCUCGACAGCGCCGAGCGGCCUGUUGUCUAUGUCUCGACCGGCACCGUCGCCCGGCCCACGAACGAGACGCUGCUCGCCUUCUUUGAUGCCUUCAGCACGACGACCGAGUUCCAGACCGUUUGGUCGCUCAAGAAGGAUCUCCAGAGCAACCUGAAGGAGCUCCUGGGCGACCGUGAGUGGCCCAAGCACGUCUACGUCCACCACUUUGUCCCGCAGCUUGCUGUCCUCGAGCACCCCUCCGUCAAGGUCUUCUUCACCCACGGAGGCUGGAACAGCGUCUCGGAGGGUCUCUGGAGCGGCACGCCGAUGCUGGGAAUGCCAUUCUUUGGUGACCAGCCCUACAACGUAGCCCAGUCCGUGCACAUGGGACUUGCCCUCGACGUCGACAAGUCCAUCAUGACCUCGCCCGACAAGGCCGGCACCACCCACUUGAUCCAGGAGAAGCUGCACCGCCUCAUCCGCGAGCCGUCCUUUGCCGAGCAAUCUCGCCAAGCCCGCCGCACCUUCCGGGCGAUGGGCGGCGUCAAGAAGGGUGCCAAUAUCGUCGAGGAGAUCCUCAAGAUCGGCAACACCCGGGCAUACGCCUUCCCAGACAACCUGGAUGCCGUCGCGGCUGCGUUUGCGAUUCUGGCGGCCAGCGGUGCCAUCGCAGCCUUUGGUACCUACAAGCUCGGCUCGUGGGGAUUCAAGCGCUUGUUCAAGUCGGCCCCAAAGCAGAAGAUCGAGUGAGAGUGUUCUGUUGGCAAUAUUCGAUAUUCAAGGCGAUCCAGGGUCUCGUUUGGUCUCAGGUCACUUCGCCCGCUAUUUUUACAGCUACACGCACAAAAGCCUCUUUGAUAAUACUUUUCCAGUGCCCUCUAGCGCCCCGGUGAUUGCCUUGUCUGUGAAUAGGCUCGCCCGUUCGAAAAUACGGCCCUCAUGCGAUA